UGUCUCGCUACGUCCGUACGUUUCUCGCGAGAUCGAAGCACCACAUAAAUCUCGUAGCUAUGGCUGCGCCGCCCGAGACGGAGAGUUUGGAGUCUUGUAUCAACAGAGCCACAAACCCACUUAACAAAGACACAGACUGGAGCAGCAUCCAUGCCUUCUGUGAUCAGCUCAACAGUGAUUUGGAGGGACCUCAGUUGGCCACCAGGCUCCUGGCCCACAAGAUUCAGUCCCCACAGGAGUGGGAAGCCAUGCAGGCACUACUGGUGCUGGAGACGUGUAUGAAAAACUGUGGAAAGAGGUUUCACAGUGAAGUGGGCAAGUUCCGUUUUCUCAAUGAGCUAAUUAAAGUUGUUUCUCCAAAGUAUCUGGGCUCACGGUCCCCUGAGCCGGUAAAAAAGAAAGUUUUGGAGUUGAUUUAUAGCUGGACUUUGGGGCUACCCGAUGAGGCCAAGAUCUCAGAUGCCUAUCAAAUGCUUAAGAAACAAGGUAUCAUUAAACAAGACCCAGAACUGCCACCUGACAGACUACUGAACCUUCCUCCACCCAGACCCAAGAAUGCAAUUUUUGAGGAUGAGGAGAAGUCAAAAAUGCUGUCUCGCCUGUUGAACAGCUCACACCCUGAGGACCUUAAAGCUGCCAACAAACUCAUCAAGGAAAUGGUCCAAGAGGAUCAGAGGCGAGCGGAGAAGGUGUCAAAGAGAGUAAACGCCAUUCAGGAGGUGAAGGAAAGCGUCUCUUUGCUGACUCAGCUUUUGCAGGACUAUGACAGUGCAGCAACUGAUCAGAACAACGCUGAAUUGCUACAGGACCUGUACCAGCGCUGUGAGAAGAUGAGGCCUACACUGUUCAGACUGGCGAGUGAUACAGAAGACAACGACGAAGCUCUGGCUGAGAUCCUCCAGGCCAACGACAGCCUGACCCACGUCAUCAACCUGUACAAGCAGCAGGUGAAAGGGGAGAUUGUAAACGGAAACAACACAUCAAACAUACAGAAACCAGCUGGAGGAGGGACAGCCCUGCUAGAUCUGUCGGGAUUGGACACUUCACCCCAGUCGCCUCCCUCCUUCCCCGAGUUUCCCACUCCGACAGAUAGCCUGAAUGUACCCUCGCAUGAGAUGGGGAUCAGUCUCCUUGACGAUGAGCUUAUGUCACUUGGUUUAAGUGAAGGAACACACACCUCCAACCCCCCCUCACAGCCAGAGGACUCCACAGCCUGGGAUUCCUUCCAGUCUUCUGACAGCAUAGAUGCAGACAUCCCGGCUGCACCCAGCCUCCUCCUGAGUCCUGACCCUCCUUCCCAUACUCAGCCCCUGUCAUCUGGCUCCACCCCUGGGAACUCGGCCCUGGACGAGCUGGAUCUGCUGGGAAAGACGCUGCUGCAGCAGUCCCUCCCUCCAGAGGGCCUGCAGGUCAAAUGGGACAAGCAGCAGUCCAAACCAACUCUGAGGGAUCUGCAGAGCAAGUCAGGAGCCACCCCGAACCCCAUUUCAGCCUUUACCCCCGAGCAUCCUGCUCCUCUUCCAAACUCUCAGCCUAACCCCGGAGCCACGCUGCUGAACAAGUCCCCGGCUCACACAGAGACUCUUCCUCCUCCUCCUCCUCCUCCAGAAGUUACUCUAACUGAUGUUUUUGUUCCAAUAGAAUCCAUUAAGCCCAGUAGUCUAUUACCUGUAACCGUGUUUGAUGGACACAGUCUACGGGUUCUCUUUCAUUUUGCUCGGGAGUCGCCUCCAUCUCGACCCGAUGUGCUGGUGGUGAUCAUCUCCAUGCUGUCCUCAGCCCCCAGCCCCGUCACCAAUAUUAACUUCAAGACUACGGCUUCAAAGUCUAUGGCUGUGAAGCUGCAGCCCCCGUCGGGAACAGAGCUCCCAGCUUUUAACCCCAUCUUCCCUCCUGCUGCCAUCACACAAAUACUUCUGGUUGCAAACCCAAACAAGGAGAAAGUACAGCUGCAGUACAGAUUAACCUUCACCUUGGGAGAGCAGGAGCACACCGAAAGCGGCAUUGUAGAACAGUUUCCUCCUCCGGAGAAGUGGGGGAACCUAUAGCAUUGAAACACGACCCCAAACUGACAGACUUUCUGCUUUCAGACUCAGCCUAUCCUUUCCCCUACACAACUGGUCUGGCUCAACACUCCUUGGAACACAUUUUUCCUUUGCAAUCACGUCCUCCUUUUAUUUUCUUGGUAUUGUUUUUUAGGGAUUCUCCUCAUACUCAGUAUAAUGUGUGUAUGCUUUGCUCUAAAUUAGUCAUGUGUGUCUGUCUAGUCUGCUUUAUGUGGCUGCAUUGAAACAAGCCCACUACUCCUUCCUGGAAGUUGCUGGUGUUUUGCAAUCUCAUUGUUACGAGUGCAACAGCAGAAAAAAAACUACAACAAAUGUGUGCAUAUUUGCUCAUUUGGUGUGCUUGAUUGUUUUUUUUUUUUUUUUUUUUCUUCUUGGAAAGUCAGUAUAAACCGUCAUUGUUUACCUCCACCUCAGCAUGCUGGACAAACACGGGACACAGUGCUUGCAAAAUACACCAGUCAACGUUACGGUUUGCAGAACAAACCUGUCCUUAACCAACUUUUUUAGUUUGCACAGAGAAUGAUAGUUUUAAUAGUACUGUUUCCCCAUCACCUGCUCCUUCAUCUUGUCUAAAGAACAAAGUCUACUGUAUCAUCAAAGCUGUGUAUUCUCUGCCAUAUGUGCCUAUUUUGCAGUUUUAACAUUUAUUUAAAGUUUAGUGCUGAAUGGAUUUAUUUUUCUCAUGUUACUUGUUGGUCAUAUGAGGUCUGCUCUUUGUCUGGGAUAUUACUACAUCUUAAUAUAUUAAUAUCUUUAUUACAGUUUAAGUUAACCAUGAUUCUUUUAGCCUUGGAUUUUAGGUUUGUAUUGGAGUAUUUGACCGAAAAUGGAACAUCAAAAAAACUUUUGAGUAUAUGCAAAUCGAACAUAUGUUGGCCUGAGCAACAGCGUUUGUCUCCAAAAACUGUCCAACAUCUUUGAUGCAUGUCAGCCACUCUGACCCCCCCCCCCAACCCCCGGCUCUCGAUCACGUUCCACCGCAAUUAUUUUCCUGUACGACUGGUUUGUAAAAUGCCACUGAUGGUGGAUCAAUUAUGUACAUUUAACUUGUGCAGUGUGCAAAAUUCUAACACUGAUACAAUAUUCCAAAUAGGAAAUAAAAUGUUUUUUUCCUGGUGAUCUAAAAGGUUG